UCUGAAUCCUCAGCGUGGCAAUGUCUGCUACAGGAUCCACAGCUGUGACCAUGGCUUCAUACGUGUCCCCACUAGGCAGCCUCACACGGACUCGGCGCCUAUCAGCCACCACAUGGGCGUUGGUAACAAUGAGCCCGUCCGCAGCCACCACGAAUCCUGAGCCAUUCGAGAUGGGAACUUCGCGGCCCGAGAAAGGGUGGCUGGAAUGGAGGGAGAGCACGAAAGUGAGGAGGUCGGACUCCUCCAGCUCGCCCGCCCUCUAGCCCGCAACUUGGUGCCUCCUGGUCUACCCCACCGUUACCGUCCCAGGAUCUCGAUAUAAACCACAGCAGGUGCAGUCUUCUCCACUACGUCUGCAAUGAAGUUGUACUGGCUCCGGGGAGAGGCAGGCUGCGAGCUAAGGACAGAAGCAAGGACGGCCGGGGGACCCCGUCCCCCGCCCCACAACAACAGCAGCACUGCCCCCCCAGCGCCCAGUGCCACGGCCAGCCACACGCGCGGACGGGUUCCAGGGGUCCCUGAGUUCUCCCGAGUCUGAGGAUCUGGGGUCUCCGCAGUCAGCCGCGCUCGGGAAUCCGAAGUCCCCGACGUCAGACAUGUUCGUGGUCCAGGGACCCCCACAGAGAACUGGGCCCGGAGACUGGGAGUCCCGUAAGACACUCCGACCCGAGGGUCGGGAGUUCCUGACGUCAGCAGGGCCCGGAGGUCAGGGGUCAACACAGGGGCCUUUCCCCAAAAUAAACCCCCAAAAGCUCGCCAUCCCCGAAAGCCCCAGCCUGCACUCCGCCCCGCCCUCAGUGCAGCCAUCAGCUCCGCCUCGGCUGCCUCUUCGCCCGCCCUACACAGAGGCGGCGCCCUGGACCUGAGCGGGUGGACGGCGGGACGCGGAGCACGCCGGUAUCUGAAGUCCUCCAGAGGUGCACGCUGGAACCAGGAUUCUGGGAAGCCGACUCCGCCCUCCGUCUGGCGAAUGCCGGGAAUUGUGGUCCCUACGGGGCGCAAGGUCUGAGGUGGCCCACGGGCCCGCGAGGCAUGCUGGGGCUGUAGCCCUUCCGGGGCGCCUCAGGAUUUUGGUCACCGCACCGUGAGUCGACGCCCCGAGACUCCGCCUUCCCAGGAGCCCUUGCGGCGGGUCGCGAAGAUGGCGGCUUUGGCAGCUGCCAGACACCCCUAAAGCAGCUGCGAUGGAGCCUCCGCCGGCGCCGGGGCCGGAGCGGCUCUUUGAUUCGCACCGGCUCCCAGGUGACGGCUUCCUGCUCCUCGCGCUGCUGCUCUACGCGCCCGUCGGGUUCUGCCUCCUAGUCCUGCGUCUGUUUCUUGGGAUCCACGUCUUCCUAGUCAGCUGCGCACUCCCAGACAGCGUUCUUCGCAGGUUCGUGGUGCGGACCAUGUGUGCAGUGCUGGGACUAGUGGCCCGGCAGGAAGACUCCGGACUCCGGGAUCACCGCGUCAGGGUCCUCAUUUCCAAUCAUGUGACACCUUUCGACCACAACAUAGUCAACCUGCUCACCAGUUGUAGCACCCCUCUACUCAAUAGUCCCCCCAGCUUUGUGUGCUGGUCUCGGGGCUUCAUGGAGAUGGAUGGGCGGGGGGAGUUGGUGGAGUCACUCAAGAGAUUCUGUGCUUCCACGAGGCUUCCCCCCACCCAUCUGCUGCUAUUCCCCGAGGAAGAGGCCACCAAUGGCCGGGAGGGGCUCCUGCACUUCAGUUCCUGGCCAUUUUCUAUCCAGGAUGUGGUACAGCCUCUUACUCUUCGGGUCCAGAGACCCCUAGUCUCUGUGACUGUGUCAGAUGCCUCCUGGGUCUCAGAACUGCUGUGGUCACUAUUCGUCCCUUUCACGGUGUAUCAAGUAAGGUGGCUCCGUCCUGUUCAUCGCCACCCAGGGGAGGGGAAUGAGGAGUUUGCCCUCCGUGUACAACAGCUGGUGGCCAAAGAAUUGGGUCAGACAGGGACACGACUCACUCCAGCAGACAAAGCAGAGCACAUGAAACGACAGAGACACCCCAGAUUGCGUCUGCAGUCAGCCCAGUCAUCUUUCCUCCCCUCCCCUGGCCCUUCUCCUGAUGUGCAGCUGGCAACUCUGGCACAGAGAGUCAAGGAGGUUUUACCGCAUGUGCCACUGGAUGUCAUCCAGAGAGAUCUGGCCAAGACUGGGUGCAUAGACUUGACCAUCACCAAUCUACUUGAGGGAGCUGUAGCUUUCAUACCUGAAGACAUCACCGAGAGGACCCAGUCCCUUCCCACAGCUUCUGCUCCUAAGUUCCCCAGCUCUGGCCCGAUGCCUCAGCCCACAGCCAUAACGUUUGCCAAGUCCUCCUGGGCCCGGCAGGAAAGCCUACAGGAGCGCAAGCAGGCACUGUAUGAAUAUGCAAGAAGGAGAUUCACAGAGAGACGGGCCCAGGAGGCUGACUGAGUACAGGAUGGCACCCAGAGCCGCAGGACGGAGACUGGGGGCAGCCCUCACCCAGCUCACAACAGGCCGAUGGGUGGGUGGUAGAAAGGGAAAGAUGGGGCUCCCCCCAAUAUCACAUUAAAUUCAGGGUUUUCAUUCAA